CCCUCCCCCACUCUCACAAGAAGCGAGACGGGCUUCGUCAUCGUCAAUUAUCUGCGAGCUAAUCAGCUGCUUCUCAACGGUUUCGUUUUGAAGAAACUUCCAGACCUUCCACGUGCAAAUCGACCAAAGACCGAUUUUAAAGAACAAACAAUACUGCCUUUCUUCCCGUCCAAAAUGGUGAAGAUAUUUGUUGGCAACGUAGCCUCAGCGACCACUGAAGAUGAGCUCCGUGCUUUGUUUGAGAAGUAUGGUGCUGUGUCCGACUGUGAUAUUCUGAAAAACUAUGGCUUUGUGCACAUGGAUGAAGAAGAGUCAGCGCAGAAGGCUGUCUCUGCUUUACACAAGCAUGAUCUCCAUGGCUCCAACAUCACUGUAGAAUAUGCCACCACCAAGGUACGCAAUGCCACCAAGAUCUACGUGGGCAAUGUUCCUGAAGGUGUCACCGCUGCUAAAAUCAAGGAGCUCUUCCAGCCGUAUGGCAAGGUGGUGGAAUGUGAUAUCGUGAAGAAUUAUGCAUUUGUUCAUAUGCAGAGAGAAAGUGAUGCUCUGGAUGCCAUUUCAGAGCUUAACCACUCUAAAGUGGAGGGCCAAAAGAUCUUUGUUUCACUCUCUCGCAGUAACCCUUCCAGAAAUGGCCGGGGGGAGGACUAUUUUCCUCCUCCCCCACAUCACUAUCCACCUCACCCACACCACCAUCCUCACUUUCUCCCACCACGGCCCCCACCCCGUGACUACUAUCCGCCUCGUGGCCGACUACCACCCCCUCCUCUCCCACCACCGCCAGCCCGCGCCCUGUACGAGCACGACGUGUAUGAGAGGGGGCUUCGCCAUGACCCGUACCCUGCCGCCUCCCCUCGUUUUUACGAUCGGGAUCAAUAUGACCGACGCCCACCGCCUCCCCAACGACCGAUCACUCCUCCCCUCGCUCCUCGCUACUACCGUGACCGCAGCCCUCUUGGCGGUCGCCGCUCUCUUCUGCCUCCGCCUCCCCCUCCACCCUCUUCUGCCAGCUAUGGCCGCAGUUUUGCCCGCAAUGGCGCUGGCUCUGGGCCCCCUCCCCAUUCCGCCUCUGCUUCCUCCCACUAUCAGCGCUACUCUAUUGGCUCAGGCUUUGAUAAGGAUGAUUAUUUGGAGGACAAGUACAGCAAUGGCUUCAGCCGUAGCUACUAAGUGUGCUUUGUCUUGGAAAUCUGUCUGUCUCUUUGUAUUAUUUCAGGAGGCAAGUAGUCUAAGAGGGACAUACCUUCAGGGAGUUAGAGAUGAAUUGUGUAGUCAUUUGUGAUGGUUGUAGUUAUUUUAGGCAACGGGUCAAACAGCUAAUACUGUAUUCCUUUAAUUAAUAGAUUUCCUCCGCCCAAUGAAGGAAUGGCAACUAAGGAAGUUACAUUUUUCUGUAUGUUUAUAUUAUGUCAUAUACUAUAUUUACCACCAUAUCGUUAUUAAUAUUUUCUUAAAAGACCCUUGUUUUUCUUUUAAUCACUUAAUAUUUUUAGUUUACUCUAGCAUUCACACCAGUUGAGGUUCUACAACACAAAAGAUCGCCUGAAUGCUUGAGAAAAACAGUAUGCUUAGGUUAUAGUUACUUUUUCAUUAGGUGAUAUUUCAACAGAAGUACAUAGUUUAAGUGUCCAUCCAACACUGAAAUUAAGUUGUUCAAUGUUUAUCUGCGUUGUUUUUUUUUUCUUUCUCUAUUUAGGAAUGAUAUUGAAGUGCUAUCUCUGCCACCAUUUUUUGCAUGAGUUAGAGAGGCAACACUGAAUAUCUUGAAAUAAGAGAGUAACCAAAUUGUAUUGAUACUGUCCAAUCCUGCAUAGCAAAGGUUGUCUUUUUUUUAUCCACAUUUUUGCUCGAAUCUGUUCCCUGGACUACUUUAUAGGCAAAUUAAUUUACUAUGUUGCUGUUAGAAUAUCGAUGUGAGAUAAAUCCAGUGGGAAGGAACAGCGAGGAAAUGGGGCAAGAGGUGGUUGUGGGUGGAGCUGUAUGCCAACUGACUGAUCAACCAAUCGCAUCCUAACAGCAAACUGAGCACAUCUCAUCCACCAGCCGCUCAACUUUCGGAUUCGCCAUCGCAUCGUAGGAUAAAGCACCACCGGUCAAAGGAAGCUCGGGAAAAACAAAUGAUCAACCACUCGCUGACAAAUAAAUUUAAAACAACACUUGAUUCAUUAGAGCAGUUUCUAUACUGUAUUUCGAGAUUACGUUGAAUUUGAAACUAGCUCAUUUGCCGAUAUCGCAGACUCUGACAAAGUAGUUUUUAAUGAUUAUAAAGGCUUAUUUUGGCAUGACAUUACAAUGGACGUGCUUAUGUUUGAAAAUAUUACUGAAUACUCAACAUUGUUUUCUGUCUUGUACUACUGCUGUUUGCCUACGAUUUCAUUGUUAACGUACAAACAUGUUUAAAAUGUAAGUCUUUAAGCCUGUUUCUCGACUGUAUCCGAAACCGCUAUCUUUAUUUUAUUGUCCUCUCGAGCAACAUUGCGGUUGUUUGCAAAUUGUUCGAAAUAUAUGCUUGCUUUGAUUAAACCUAUUAAAACAG